GACAAUCGAAGUGGUCUAUCAAUUCGUCCCAUUCAGUAUCUGUCGGGGAUGUGCGUGUUGUUCACUUCCAAGGUCCUGUGCUGUGUCGAGACAUGGCCUUCGCCGCGGAACUUCCGUGUAGCAUUAUUUUCCGUAAGUGUCAAUGUAGCUAUUUCAACUUCAAAUGACAGGCACCAACCGUGAGGGUUUUGAUUGGCGCCCUCUGCGAAGUCAAUUCACCUCAAGUUCGGUAGAAUUGACUCUGCGACGCCCAUAUGCUUCGAAAUGAUCCUUAUUGAAUGACUGAUAUCUUUGUCCUCAACAAUUAAUCAUGUGCGCGGUGUUCGCAAAAGGUUGCACUGCGCAGUAUAUAUGGCCGUCACAGACCUCUCUAGAACAGCUUCCUGGUUCCAAAACCUCCUUCAGUCUUCUUUUCAUGUCGCUCUUUCCUCGCAGCUUAGUUUUUGAGACUAUAGAGCAAAUUUAUGUUCUCCAGUAUUAUGCUAUUGCAUCAAUCGUCGUGCUUUAUUAUGAUCAUUUAUUAACAUUCCGCAUGGAGGCGAAACGCAUCUGGUAUCGCCAACUGACAAUCAGCAGCGUCCUCUUCCUGCUGAACCGGUACAUCACAUUCUUCGGGUAUAUCUUUGUGAUAUAUCUCAACUUCUUCCCACCGACAAGCGUUAUUGUCUGCAAGAGAUUCAUCCGGGUCGGGAGUUUCCUAAGUCUAAUCACACAAGUAAUUAUCUCCAUAUUGUUGACAUUGAGAACAUAUGCCUUGUAUGGUCGAAGCAUGAAGAUAUUGUGUCUUCUUGCAGUUUUGGGUUCGUCGACUAUCGUCACUUCCGCGUGGACAAUAACUAAAUUCUUCGGGAUCCUCAAUAAUUUUGGGCUGGGUAACUCAGCUAAAAGUGCAUUUAUAACUUGUCUACCUGGAUUUGAAACGUCUGACAUUCCAUUCAAAGUUACUGUCAUCCUGUCAACUGUAUUUGACGCCGUGGUCUUCAGCUUAACAUUAGCAAGAACGGUUAAAAUCAUGCGAGAACACAGAACCUAUGCCGGUCUUCCCAGCCUAUUGAUGCGUGAUGGAAGCAUUUAUGCUGCUGUCAUGACAGUGGUGAAUUUAUCUAAUGUAGGGUUCUUUUCAGAGACGGCCGUACGUUCUACGCUCUUCGCGCAAAGCACAGGGAACAAUGCCCUUUUACCCCAUGUGAUAAGCGUGACCAUGGCAUCUAGACUUAUACUUAAUUUGCACGGCUACGAGGACAAACGACACAAAACCCCAAAUCGAGAAUGUCAUCCUCCGCUUCCGCUGAAGUUCCUAUCUAAUAUAGGCACGAAUAGCCGCUCCACACAUGAUGAUUCAACCAUGGAUGACGAUAUGACACAGUUCACAUCACAGGUUUCGAGGUAUUCCACUUGGUUCACUCAUGUCGUGGAUGAUUUCGACACGGAUCUGGCGGUGACCACCCACGGUGUGCGAGUGAAGGCCCUCGAUCCUCACUCAGAGGCAAACACUACUACAACUGGGUCAGUCUCACUUUCGGUUUAUUCAGCAUACAACGAAGGCGAUGAGUCCCGAUGGUUCGACGAGGAAGGAUUAGAUUACGAGAACACAGAUGACAAUGCCGACCGCUAUUGCACAACUUGCGAGAAUGCAGAUGAGAUUAAUCGUGUCAGCCGACAAUCCCAGGGUCAUAAUGUUUGGUGGUCUUCUAAUGAGGCGGGAUCCUGAGACCUGUACUGAUAUAUUCGCCUCUUCUGAC